AUGGACUACACUCUGGCCAUCCUGUUUUCUAUGUUGCAACUUUUAAGUGUGAGCAUGGCUGCUCCUCUGCCGGUGGAAGUCGUGAAGAUGAAAUCGAAAGUGAAAUGGAUGGCUGAACAGCUAGUGGUUAGGCUGAACAGAGAUUUCGAGGUCCCUGCUGGCCUGACACUUAGUCCACCUGCUGAUGAUCUGGAUGGACUUUCCUCCAUAGUGACAAUCUUGGAGGGUUACAACAGCCUGAUAUCCGACUCCCUCAUCGGGGUCUCUCAGGUCAAGGUUGACAUCUCUUCGCUGACGGGAUUCCUCAGUCAGUGGAGGCAAGGACACUGCAGUGAGCAGCGACCCAAGCUUUCAGUGCCGGGGGUGCUGCAAGAGCUACAGAGACGGAAAAAGUUCAUUCACACCGUGAGCAUGGAGGCUCUCAUGAGAGUGAAGGAGUUCCUCAAUCUGCUGCUGAAAAAUCUAAAUCAUCUCGAGACUUGCUGAAAGA